AUGCCAGCCGCCCAGGAAACGGUUAUGGACAUGGAGCCUAAUUCAGAAAUGCACGGGGACGCGCUCGCCCAGGCGACCCUCGCAGUCCAAAAAUACGAGACAGAAAAAGAAAUAUCACGACACAUCAAGACCUUCUUUGACGCAAAAUACUCGCCAAACUGGCACUGUAUUGUUGGCAAGAACUUCGCAAACUACGCGUCCUACGAGUGCAAGUGCUACCUUUUCUUCUACGUUGGGCAGACAGCUGUACUCCUCUACAAAAUGGGAUGA